UCCUGCAGUCUCUCCCCACCGCGUCUGACCCCCCACCACCUUCCCGGAUCUCAAAGCCUCCCUCAGCUCAUUUGCCACGACUCCUCACUGCGCCCCCCAUCUCCACGAACCACUAUGGCCAUCGUUCGUUCCUUCCCAAACUUCAGCUCUCCACCAACGCGCUCUCACAGACUGCUUCCAGGUAGCGCGCAAACCCCCGCUCGCCCCAGAUGUCCCGUCCCUCCCGCUGCCGUGGGCGCCUAGGUUUCCCCCACGGAGCGCCCGAGUCCCCCCAAGAGUUUCCCGAGUCCGGCGGUCCACGGCGCGCUGUGGGCGGGGCUCGCCAUCGCGGGGUCCCCCCUCCCCGGGGGGAGGGGGCGGUGCCAGCGUGUCGGGGGGCGAGGCCACCGGAGGCCGCUCCCCUACGCCUCCCGGGAGUCUAUAAAGCCGGGCUACACGCGGCCCGCUCGGCUGGACUCCCCCAGCCGAAGCCAUCCCCGCCGAGCGGAGCGAGCGCAGCCUCCUAGGGGCGCCGGGCGCCGGAGCCAUGACCCUCCGCCGACUCAGGAAGCUGCAGCAGAAGGAGGAGGCGGCGGCCGCGCCGGACCCCGCUGGCCGGGCUCCCGACUCGGAAGCGGCUCGUGCCGCCCCGGCCCCGGCCCCGGCCCCCGCGGGCCCCCCAGCGGCCGCCGCUCCGCCGGGAGCCAACCCGGGAGACGAGCUGUACGCGGCGCUGGAGGACUACCACCCGGCGGAGCUGUACCGUGCGCUCGCGGUGUCCGGGGGCACGCUGCCCCGCCGAAAGGGCUCAGGAUUCCGUUGGAAGAAUUUCAGCCAGAGUCCUGAGCAGCAGCGGAAGGUGCUGACUUUGGAGAAGACGGACAACCAGACCUUCGGCUUUGAAAUCCAGACUUAUGGCCUUCACCACCGGGAGGAGCAGCGCGUAGAGAUGGUGACCUUCGUCUGCCGAGUUCACGAGUCCAGCCCUGCCCAGCUGGCUGGGCUCACACCAGGGGACACCAUCGCCAGCGUCAACGGUCUCAAUGUGGAAGGCAUCCGGCACCGAGAGAUUGUUGAUAUCAUCAAGGCAUCCGGCAACGUUCUCAGACUGGAAACUCUGUAUGGGACGUCCAUUCGGAAGGCAGAACUAGAGGCGCGUCUGCAGUACCUUAAGCAAACCCUGUAUGAGAAGUGGGGAGAAUAUCGAUCGCUGAUGGUUCAGGAGCAGCGGCUAGUGCAUGGCCUGGUGGUGAAGGACCCAAGCAUCUAUGACACACUGGAGUCCGUGCGCUCCUGCCUCUACGGCGCUGGCCUGCUCCCUGGCUCGCUGCCCUUUGGGCCCCUCCUCGCUGCGCCUGGGGGUCCCCGCGGGAGCGCGCGGCGGGCCAAGGGGGACGCCGACGACGCCGUGUACCACACCUGCUUCUUCGGGGGCGCCGAGCCGCAGGCGCCGCCCCCCCCGCCGCCCCCCGCGCGCACGCCCGGCCCGGGCGCCGCCCCCGAGGCCCCGGCGUCGGUGCUGUGUCCCGCACCCCGCGCCGCGCUCAGCCGCAGCGCCAGCGUGCGGUGCGCGGGCCCGGGCGGGGGUGGCGGCGGGGGCGCGCCGGGCGCGCUCUGGACUGAGGCCCGCGAGCAGGCCCUGUGCGGCGCCGCCGGCCUACGCAAGACCAAGUACCGCAGCUUCCGCCGGCGGCUGCUCAAGUUCAUCCCCGGACUCAACCGCUCCCUGGAGGAAGAGGAGAGCCAGCUGUAGGGGCGCGGGUGGGCAGGCGGGAGGUAUUUAUUUAUUUAUUCGUCCUAACAGCCAGUGCAGAAAGUGGGGGCAGGAGUGCCGGUCCAAGGACCCCAGGAGCCCAAAGCUGCGGGAGAGGGUCCUUGGCUAGCUCUGGCCGGUCUGGUCGGUUCACGGCUUGUCUCCGCUGAGAAAAAAAGGGAGCCUGGUUGCUUUCUUCCUUCCCCUACACCACAUCAUGAUCUCUGCAGGGGGAGAGUAGACACUGAGAG